AUGAAAAAUGGGCGAUACCAGGUCAUCAACAAACUUGGCUGGGACUCGUGGUCCACCACAUGGAUUGCCCAAGAUUUCUUCCCCGACGACAUACACGACCAUAUAUUUGUCUCUCUGAAAGUCUGGACUGCUGCGAGAUCGAGGAAUCUGGGCCAUGUUCAAGCAAUGCGAGACCUCUACAGUUCUCUCCACAACACUACUUAUCAUGUUCUCCGCAUGAUCGAUGUGUUUGAGGAACCGAGUCACCGAGGUGUACAUUUGUGUUUUGUCAUGGAGAUGUACGGUCCCACCCUCGAGUCUAUUAUUUUCGAGCACAGUGGCGCCCUAGACUCCCGAAUGAACACAGACGUUAUAUUAAUGGUGACCGACGAGCUACUGAACGCAAUUUCAAGAAUCCAUGAGGCGGGUUACGGCUAUGGAGACAUUCACUGCACCAACAUUGUCUUCACCUUGCCAGCCCAGUGUCGUCGAGAAAUGCGCCAUCUCAGACCUGUCAUAGGUCCCAUGGUCUUCUUCAACCUUUGCGGACCAAAUGAUGAGAAUUUGAAUCAGGAUCUGCCGUAUCAAAUAGUGCAAUCACCAAGCUUCGGCUGGCACCUAGAAGAGAUUGAGUGCAUCCGCUUGGUCAACAGCUCGGUAGCGGUGGCUUCAGGGAGACCUAGCACAUUUCCCCUGCCGCCCGAAAACUUCCCCCCCGAGUUUUACUUCCCAAGUAUUUGUGACCAUCGAAUUGAUCUCUGGUCUGCGGGCAUUGUUAUAUACAUGAUGUUGUUCCGUGAUGUUCCAUUCAAGGACGUAUUCUCCCCUAUCUUGCUCAUUCGGCAGAUGAUAGGCUUUAUGGAGGACCUGCCCGAAGCGUAG